ACGAUUAGUUCCGGUUGUGCACCGUAGUUGGUAGGGUUUAAGGCGGCGGAGGAAAGAUGAAGCCGGUGGUGGGAACAGUAGUGUCAAACAAGAUGCAGAAAUCAGUAGUGGUGGCUGUAGAUAGACUCUUCCACAACAAGCUUUACAAUCGCUAUGUGAAGCGCACCUCUAAAUUCAUGGCUCAUGACCAGAACGACGAAUGCAACAUCGGCGACCGCGUAAAGUUAGAUCAUUCAAGACCAUUGAGCAAGCGUAAGCACUGGGUUGUUUCUGAAAUUUUGAAAAGAGCUAGAAUUUAUGUACCUCCACCAAAAUCCAGCUCUGAGACUGACAGUAAGACGGGAGUGUCUGCCAAUGCUAAUUAGAGCAGAAAGUUUGGGCACAAAUUUUAGGUGAGAGCUCGACUCAAUUUGACAGCUCCAACUUUGGAAUGCAAUCCAAAGAGCCGCACACAUUAGCGAAGGAGGAUCUUUGGUUGUUCUUCUGCAUGAGGAUUCAGGAUGUUGAUUGAUGUAUUGAUUGUAUUGCUGUACUGAAAGGAUACACAGUUAUCUGUUGUGUGGCAAUUCUCUGGGGGGAUAUUGCAGCUUUUUUUGAGUUUGGAAUAAAGUCACCAGCCUGCUUAUAUUCUUUAUGAGCACUCUGUCACCUAAAUUUUCUACUACUUUUUAUGAGCUCAGAAAAUUCAGUUGGUUAGAAUAUGUCAUAAACAAGCAUUAAACAUUAAGCCAGAGGUUAGCUUGCA